CGCGGGGGCCCUGGGUGUGUCGAGCCUUAGCUGGGUUACACGGCUCUGGUGCGGGGGCUUCGGAAGGUAAACGGCCAGGCCUGUGCACUCGGAUGAGGUCACUGAACCGUGCGGACCCCGGGCGUAGGUUUGGUUGCGUUUGAUAAACAUGGCAGUUUAGUCUAAGGAGAUUCCGUUAUUUUUGAGUGCCAACCGUAGUAGCAUCGCUAAAGAAGAGAGCUUCCAAAAUGCUGUAACACAUUUCUGGCUUGGACCGAGUUAACACUGGGUGCAGUGAAAGUUUUUUUGGGAAAUCUAUUUUUGUAUUAAGUCUUUAAAAAAUACAACCUAAAAAUGGCUUCAAAAAGAGCUCUGGUCAUCCUGGCCAAGGGAGCAGAGGAGAUGGAGACAGUCAUCCCUGUGGAUGUCAUGAGACGUGCCGGAAUUAAGGUCACCGUUGCGGGUCUGGCUGGAAACGACCCAGUACAGUGUAGCCGAGAUGUUGUCAUUUGUCCUGAUGCCAGUCUCGAAGAUGCAAAAAAAGAGGGACCAUAUGAUGUGGUGGUUCUGCCAGGAGGUAAUCUGGGUGCACAGAAUUUAUCCGAGUCUGCUGCUGUGAAAGAGAUACUGAAGGAACAAGAGAAGAGGAAAGGACUCAUCGCCGCCAUCUGUGCAGGUCCCACGGCUCUGCUGGCUCACGAAAUAGGGUUCGGAAGCAAAGUUACAACACACCCACUUGCUAAAGACAAGAUGAUGAACGGAAAUCAUUACAGCUACUCAGAGAAUCGCGUGGAAAAGGAUGGCCUUAUCCUCACAAGCCGCGGUCCCGGAACCAGCUUCGAGUUUGCUCUUGCUAUUGUUGAGGCCCUGAAUGGCAAGGAGGUAGCUGAUCAGGUGAAGGCUCCACUGGUUCUGAAAGACUAGAGCAGAAGUAUGUGAUGAUGGGUUAGAGAAAUAGGCAAACUAGUGUCACUGUGUUCACUUUAGAGAAAAAUGGCUGCUUACUGUGCAGGGAAGACAACAUUACUGUCCUUGUGGCAUGUAGCUGUGAAGUAACUACACAGAGAUUUAUUUCUCAGCCUACAAACUCUGUGCCCUUACAUUUCAGAAACUUGUCUGCAGAAUAAACAGGACAUUUAGCAAACUAA